GGCAUCGUGAAGGAGAUAGACAUCAGUCAUCAUGUGAAGGAAGGUUUUGAAAAAGCAGAUCCUUCUCAGUUUGAGCUGCUGAAAGUAUUAGGACAAGGUUCAUACGGAAAGGUCUUUCUAGUGAGGAAGGUCAAAGGAUCUGAUGCGGGCCAGCUUUAUGCCAUGAAGGUGCUGAAGAAGGCGACUCUGAAAGUUCGGGAUCGGGUGCGAUCGAAGAUGGAGAGAGAUAUCUUGGCAGAAGUGAAUCAUCCUUUCAUCGUCAAGCUUCAUUAUGCCUUUCAGACAGAGGGGAAGUUGUAUCUAAUACUAGAUUUCCUGCGGGGAGGGGACCUUUUCACAAGACUCUCCAAAGAGGUGAUGUUUACAGAAGAGGACGUCAAGUUCUACUUAGCUGAGCUGGCCUUGGCGUUAGACCACCUCCACGGUCUUGGGAUUAUUUACAGGGAUCUAAAACCAGAAAACAUUCUUCUUGAUGAAGAGGGCCACAUUAAGAUAACAGAUUUUGGUCUGAGUAAAGAAGCCAUCGACCAUGACAAGAGAGCGUAUUCGUUCUGUGGGACGAUAGAGUACAUGGCCCCGGAGGUGGUCAACCGACGAGGACACACGCAGAGUGCUGACUGGUGGUCUUUUGGUGUGCUCAUGUUUGAGAUGCUGACGGGAUCGUUACCCUUCCAGGGAAAAGACAGAAAGGAGACAAUGGCACUCAUUCUCAAAGCCAAGCUGGGAAUGCCGCAGUUCUUGAGCCUAGAAGCCCAGAGCCUGCUGCGAGCCCUCUUCAAGCGGAACCCCUCCAACAGAUUAGGUGCUGGAUUCGACGGAGUGGAAGAAAUUAAACGUCACCCUUUCUUUGUUACGAUAGACUGGAAUAAACUGUACCGGAAAGAAAUCAAGCCGCCUUUCAAGCCCGCGGUGGGACGGCCAGAAGACACCUUCCAUUUCGAUCCAGAGUUCACCUCUCGGACCCCCACAGAUUCCCCGGGUGUUCCUCCAAGUGCCAACGCUCAUCACCUUUUCAGAGGGUUCAGCUUCGUUGCCUCUAACUUGGUGCAGGAGCCUGGACAGCAAGAUGCGCACAAAAUCGCCGUCCACCCGAUCGUGCAGCAGCUACAUGGGAACAACAUUCACUUUACGGACGGCUACGAGAUCAAGGAGGACAUAGGAAUUGGCUCCUAUUCAGUCUGCAAGAGAUGUGUUCAUAAAGCUACAGAAACAGAGUUUGCAGUGAAGAUAAUUGAUAAGAGCAAGAGAGACCCCUCCGAAGAGAUUGAGAUCCUCUUGCGAUAUGGACAGCAUCCAAACAUCAUCACUCUGAAAGACGUCUACGACGAUGGGAAAUAUGUCUACCUGGUGAUGGAGCUGAUGCGGGGAGGCGAGCUCCUGGACCGCAUUCUUCGGCAGAAGUGUUUCUCGGAGCGGGAGGCCAGCGCUGUGCUCUGCACCAUCACCAGGACCGUGGACUACCUGCACUCUCAGGGGGUGGUGCACCGGGACCUGAAGCCAAGCAAUAUCCUCUACAUGGAUGAGUCGGGAAACCCGGACUCCAUCAGGAUCUGCGACUUUGGGUUUGCCAAGCAGCUGCGAGCCGAGAACGGGCUGCUCAUGACACCCUGCUACACCGCCAACUUUGUCGCCCCUGAGGUCCUCAAACGCCAAGGUUACGAUGCAGCCUGUGACAUCUGGAGCUUGGGGAUCCUGCUGUACACCAUGUUGGCAGGGUUCACUCCUUUUGCAAACGGACCGGACGACACCCCAGAGGAGAUUCUGGCCAGGAUUGGCAGCGGCAAAUAUGCACUGACAGGAGGAAACUGGGAUUCAGUGUCUGAUACUGCCAAGGACAUCGUGUCAAAGAUGCUUCACGUGGACCCUCAUCAGCGCCUCACGGCCGUCCAAGUCCUGCGGCACCCGUGGAUAGUGAACAGGGAGUAUCUGUCCCAAAACCAGCUCAGCAGACAAGAUGUUCACCUGGUGAAGCUUCAUCUUCACUCGGCUAGCAGAACGAUUGAGGACAACCUGCACGUGGAACCUCCAGAACUAGCAGAAGCCCAGCGCAAGGCCAAGUUCUCCUUCGCUCCGUCGUUUCUUUUACAUUCCAGCCAGGAUUCCCAGUUUAACGUCACAAAGAUGUGCCAAUUUUGCCAGUAG